AUGAGGGAGGGUGCGGAAGCAGCACUUACCAAUAUCUCUCAGCGGCACAAGGAGUUGCAAAAACUUGAGCAGGAUGUGGUGGAGACCUCUGGAAUGACAACUGAAAUCGCGACAAUCGUACCAGGACAGGAUGAGAAAUAUGGCGAUGGAAUCGUCGAAAAAUCUUGA